AUGACGAACGCCACUAUUCUCUGCUGCAACUGCGGCGCCCCCAUUGACGGAACCACCGCCGCCAAUGCGCUCUGCUUUGACUGCAUCAAGCUGACCGUCGACAUCUCCCAGGGCGUCCAGCGCGAAGCCACCCUCAACUACUGCAGAGACUGCGAACGCUGGCUGCUGCCGCCCAGCAGUUGGAUCGUCGCCGCUCCCGAGUCCCGUGAACUCCUCGCCCUGUGCCUCAAGAAGCUCAAGGGUCUGAACAAGAUACGCAUCAUCGACGCCUCCUUUGUGUGGACGGAACCCCAUUCGAGACGAGUCAAGGUCAAGAUUACGAUCCAGGACGAGGUCCAGAGCGGAGUCCUUCUUCAGCAAGCCUUUGAGGCCAUUUACAUUGUCGCGUACCAGCAAUGCCCCGACUGCGCGAAGUCAUACACAGCCAACGUAUGGCGUGCCUCGGUCCAGGUCCGCCAAAAGGUCCUGCACAAGAGGACGUUCCUCUACCUCGAGCAGUUGAUCAUGAAGCACGGCGCACACAGAGAUACUCUCAACAUUAAGGAGGCCAAGGAUGGAAUCGACUUCUUCUUCUCAGCGAGGAAUCAGGCCGAGAAGUUUUGCGACUUCCUCAACUCAGUGGUGCCGUGUACGGUCAAGAAGUCGCAGGAGCUCAUUUCGCAAGAUAUCCACACAUCGACAAAAUCGUUCAAGUUCACCUUCUCGGUUGAGCUGAUUCCUAUCUGCCGUGACGACCUUGUUGCCAUGCCCAUUAAGCUGGCACGGGCUUCCGGCAACAUUUCUCCCCUCGUCAUUUGCCACAAGAUCGGAACUGCAGUAUACCUCUUUGAUCCCAACACCCUCCAGACUGCAGAUGUCAGUGCUCCCAUAUACUGGCGCGCACCUUUCCGUUCCCUCGCCGACGUCAAGUCGCUCGUUGAGUUUAUCGUUAUGGACAUCGAGCCGACGGGUAUCACAAAGGGCAAGUGGCAUCUCGCAGAGGUGCAAGUAGCCCGCGCCUCCGACUUGGGUUCCAACGACAAGACCUACUUUGCGAGAACACACUUGGGUGGCCUGCUGCACGCUGGCGACUCGGUCAUGGGCUACAUGCUUACUGGCACCAACUUCAACAACGAGGAAUUUGACGCCAUCGAAGAGUCGCACGCCUACGGCUCGACGAUACCCGACGUCAUCCUGGUCAAGAAGCACUACCCCAAUAGAAGAAAGCACAAGAACCGCAACUGGAAGCUCAAGCGCAUGGCCAAGGACGAGGGCGAGCUGCUCCCCAAGCAGGCGGAUCAGGACCGCAUGAACGAGGACUACGAGCAAUUCCUGCGCGACGUCGAGGAGGAUGAUGAGUUGCGCGCGACAAUGGCGCUGUACAAGGCGCAACAGGCGCAGAAGAUUGAUCCGGACGCCAUGAGCAUCGCCGAGACCGAGGGUGAUGAGGGAGCUCCGAGGGUGGACAUGGAUGAGCUGCUUGACGACAUGGACGAACUCCAGAUUCAGGACUAA